AUGGCCGCCGUCCUGCAACCCGUACUCUCCUCCUACAACUGCUCCUCCGAGUACCAGCACAUCCCAGACAACAGCGACCUGAAUGUUGAGUGCGGGGCGAGCGUUAUCUUGCUGGAGGUGAACCUGUGUACGGCCAGCUGGGCCGGAUUCGACCCCGCCCAGCUGGCCCUGAACGGGGAGCACAACAACAGCCUCUGCGGGGGCACCAUCGACACCACCGUGGACCCGCCCGUCAUCCGCUACCAGCUCCACGUCAACCACAGUGCGGAGAACCCCUGCAGACAGAGCCUACAGAUUGUGGAUGAGGCUCCAGACCAGACAGGCCCCUUUAGCCAGUUCUCCAGGAUCCAGUCGGUGGUCAUCACCGGGUACAUUGAUACGCCGAAGUCAUCUCAGGGCAUCAUCAGCUACUCCACCGACCUCUACUACCGCUUCUCCUGCCGCUAUCCGCUGGAGUACCUCAUCAACAACACGCAGAUUGUGGCGUCCUCAGUGUCAGUGGCCACGAGUGACAGCAAUGGCACCUUCAUCGACACACUGCGGAUGAGCCUCUACAACGACAGUGGGUUUGACCGUCCACUGGAAGUUCCCUCUUCAGGACUUGAACUGCGGACGAAUGUCUACGUCGAGGUCAAAGCCAUAAACCUCACGGGGAACUUUCACCUGCUGCUGGAUCACUGCUUCGCCACUCCUUCAGCCUACAGCCAGGACAACAGCGAGAAGCACGACUUCUUCAUCGGGUGUACCAUAACUCAGAAGACCACCAUGCUCCAGAAUGGGGCAGCAAAGAACUCGCGGUUUUCCUUCGAGGCGUUCCGCUUCGUGGAACACCGCGACAAGGACCGGUCCACUAUCUUCCUGCACUGCGUCCUGCGGCUGUGUGAGCCCUCCAAGUGCCAGGAGACCAUGAAUAACUGUAACAGCAACAGUAAUGGCCGCAGGAGGAGGGACGUGGCGCCGUACGGGUCAGAGUCCGAUGAUUCCGCCACGGUGACGGUGGGGCCCAUCUUCACCAAAACUGAUGAGGGUGCAGAGCGUCCGUCAGAGGAGGGUAAGACGGACGUUGUUGGGGUGGUGGUGGGGGUGAUAUUCGCCACCGCCGGGGCUGUUCUCCUAGUCCUGGCCGGGUGGUUCGCCAUGAAGAAGUUCUACUGGGGCGGUGGGCUGGUCCAGGCGUUUGACUGA